AUUAGGCAGGCAGUCAGUCUCCUGCAGUGUGUGGCGAAGGCGGCUGUACAACAUGGCGAGGGAACAGCUCUGUAAGCUAUUUGUUGGCGGGCUCAGCUUCGAAACGGUGGAAGGGAACCUGCGGAACCACUUCGAGCAGUGGGGCAAGCUAACUGACUGUGUCGUAGUCCAGGACACCAUCACCAGGCGCCCCCGAGGCUUCGGCUUUGUCACAUAUUCGUCGCCGAGCGAGGCGGAUGCUGCAAUGGCUGCUAGGCCUCAUGUCUUAGAUGGCCGCACGGUAGACCUGAAGCGAGCUGUGCCAAGAGAAGACUCGAACAAGCCUGGCUUCAACAUGAAGGUAAAGAAGAUCUUCGUUGGCGGCAUAAAGGAAAACCUCGACGAGAACGAUCUGCAGAGCUAUUUCGCGGAUUAUGGGAUGAUUGAAAAAGUGGAUGUGAUCUGCGACCGAGACACUGGCAAGAAGAGAGGCUUUGCCUUUGUGUACUUCGAUGACCACGAUUCUGUUGAUAAAGCUGUAAUCCAGAAGUACCACAUGAUUAAUGGCUACCGGUGCGAAGUCAAGAAGGGGUUGUCGAAGGAAGAGAUGCAGAGCGGAAGUAGACCUCGCGGUCGAGGUGGCAGCUUUCCCCAAAGAAACGGUCGGAGUGAUGGCAAUUUUGGCAAUUCUGGCGGGUACGGGCCGCAAAGCGGCGGGGGCGGCUACUACAAUGAGAGAGGAGGUCGAGGAGACCUCUAUGGUGGUUAUGGUGAUGGGGGGUAUCCCCGGCGUGACCGUUCCUUUUCAGGAGGUAGUUACAGUGAUCGCAUUCGUGAUUAUGGCUUUCCGGCCUAUGGUGGCGAAAGAGGUUACAAUAACGAUAAUUUCGACGAUACCUAUGAUAACUUUGGAAGCUACUCCCCUGAGCCGUCCCACUAUGGCCCAAUGAGAGGUGGGGGCGGUAUGGAGAAGUAUUCUGCUGGACCCUACAGGGGAGAUUAUGGUGUUAGUAGUAGAAGCAGAACCAGAGAUUUGGGUGGAUAUGGCUUUUAACAUAGCAUGAAUUCAAUGUGUAAGGGGGAAGUAUUUGGUCAUACACAUGGCUAUGAACCUAAAAGUGAAUUGUGUGUAAAAUGUGUAAAGGGGACGUAUUUGAUAUGUACACAGAUGUAGCUGUAAAGCUGCGUAAUGUAUUCAAACUAAUCAAGGAUAAUUGUAUACUUUUUUCACAAUAAAAAAACAUUCAGUUUACUUGGUAAGCCUGAAGAAUUACUGAA